AUGGAAACAACUACGACAACGAUUUGCAUCAAUGGGACUUCCUGGAACGACACCAUGAUGGUGUGCGGUAUCAAUGAGACAUCGAGGAGGAACAUGACCGGUGAAGAAAUCAAUAGCUGGGAUGAUGCCACUUGGAUCUUAACCAGUGCUUUCGUCAUCUUCACUAUGCAGUCCGGUUUUGGUCUUCUCGAAUCCGGCAUGGUAUCCCGAAAGAAUGAAGUCAACAUCAUGGUGAAGAAUGCUGUAGAUGUGAUCUUCGGUGGUCUCACGUAUUGGAUGUUUGGUUAUGGCUUCAGCUUUGGAACAGGGCCGGGUACCAACGCUUUCUGCGGUGUUGGUCAUUUCUUCACCGACUCCACGGAUCCAGAUGAGAUGGGCUGGGUAUUUGCCAAGUUUGUUUUCCAAGCUUCAUUCGCUACGACAGCUACAACCAUUGUCUCUGGUGCGAUGGCAGAAAGAACUAAGUUAGAAGCAUACUGCGCCUUCUCGCUCGUCAAUACUUUGGUGUAUUGUUUCCCAGCUCACUGGAUAUGGUCAGAAACAGGCUUCUUCGCUAGAAUGGGCUGCAUUGACAUUGCUGGGGCAAGUGCCGUUCAUCUUGUGGGAGGCACCACCGGUCUGGUUGCUACCCUGAUGCUGAAGCCCCGUAGAGGGCGCUUUGAAGGUAAAGGCGAGCCUGAGAUGAGUAACCCGACCAACGCCCUCUUGGGGAUGUUUAUGCUUUGGUGGGGUUGGCUCGGCUUCAACUGCGGCAGUACGUUUGGUAUCUCUGGUGGAAAGUGGAAACUUGCUACCCGGUCGGCCAUGACGACAAUGACGUCAUCGAUGGGAGGGGGUAUAGUCGGACUAACAUUCAGCUGGAUGACCCUCGAUCGAAAAUUUAACAUUUCCUAUUUAAUCAACGGUGUAUUGGGAGCUCUCGUGGGCAGUACAGCAAUAUGCGCCUUGUCCAGGCCCUGGGAAGGUUUUGUGAUUGGUGCCGUUGGGGGUUGUAUAGCUGUAUCCACUCCUUGUCUGUUGGAGAAACUCAAGAUUGAUGACCCAGUUGGGAUUGUUGGCGUCCAUCUUUUGGCAGCAUUUUGGAGUCUCGCAGCAGUUGGACUCUUCGCGAGACCGGACGAAAUUGAAAAUCUCACACAAGAAACAGGUCUGUUUUAUGGUGGUGGUUUUAGACUGCUUGGAGUACAGUGCUUGAUGGCAGUCACUAUGUUUUCGUGGACCCUGGUGACUGCCUCUUUUUUACUCGUCAUAAUCAGCAAAACGGUGGGACUAAGAUGCUCCCUAAAAUGUGAAAUUCUGGGUGCCGACAUAUCCGAGCAUGGGAUCAACCAACUGAGCGUGGAAGACCAAAUUGAAAUCACCAAAGAGCUACACAGCCUCGGGCUGGACUCGCCGUUCGACCAUCCGUCAUCAGAAGUCCGGCUGAGGAGCGCCUCCAGUCGCCGGCGAUCUUACAACCGAAACCUGAGCGUUGCCGCCGUGACUGGCGUUGCUAAAUCCGUCGAGAGCGGUACACGAGGAGAGACGAACGGAACAAACCACUCGUACCUCUCACCACAGACCGGUGGAGACCAGACAGAACUGGAACUGGCCGGUAGUAUCUGGUAUAAUCAGCAGGAAAGUGACAAGUCAAGAAAUAGCGUUCCGCUUCCUGACGACUUGACGUUGUCUAGUGUUAACGAUUCACCAAAGAACCAAAAGAAAAUUGAGGACAGACAGCUUGGAAAUGAUAACACUGCCUUUGAAGAUUUCACAUCAGAGAGUCGCAAUACAAUUUCGGAAAAAAAUGCAAUUAGUUAUUUCACAACUGUUACACUGAUUAAAGGAAUAUUACAGAAUUGGUUUUGCCAA